UAUUCGAGACGUCCUGACUUAACGGUUAAUCGGUCACAGUGGGAGUGGAAAGACGCAAUUCCUUCUCACCCUUCUUCUGGCCGCUCAACUCCCUGCACCUCGUGGCCUGGGCAAGUGUGCCAUAUACAUCUCCACAGAAGCUCCAUUAUCGACACCACGGCUUUCGCAGCUCAUUGAAUUCCAUCCAUAUCUCUCUACCUUGUCUCAAGCCCACAAGCCCUCGCUGGAGAAUAUAUUGUCCAUCAAUGCCAUGGAUCUCGAGGCACAAGAUCACAUCCUCAACUACCAACUCCCUGUCGCAAUCAAGCGAUAUAAUGUUGGACUCGUGAUCAUCGACUCCAUAACUGCAAACUACCGGGCGGAACAUUCGUCCCAUAAUCUGUCGGGGUUGUCCACACGCUCUGGCGAGCUUGCCAGAUUAGGCCAGAUGUUGAGGAACUUGGCUGUGGACGAGAAUGUCGCAGUUGUAGUAGCGAACCAAGUUUCUGAUCGCAUUGAAGCUGCUGGCAGGCAUCCAACACUAUCUCGUUUGAAUGGCGGUGCCAUCUCACCUAUUCCUUCCACACAACAGCAAGUGCUGUCGUCACAUCACGAAUCAGAAGCUGCUACACCAUUACCAAGAAGUCGACCUCUUGAGUCCCGAAAUGUCGAAUUGACUCCACAUAAUCCGGUCCUCCAACCAUCACCCUCUAGUCUUCCCUCAUCACCGUUCACCACGGAGGAUGAUCCGCAGCAGCAGCAGCAGUUCGACGGGUCAUACCUGAUUGGCAACCCUGUACGAAACGAGAUUUUGAGUCUUCUACACCAACAGAGGUUCUUCACUGGGUGGGGUGACACGCUACAACCUACUAUUUCAAGCCUGUACCCAGCUUUUCAACAAACCGCACAAAAGACCCCAGCUCUGGGCUUGGUUUGGUCUACCCAGAUUGCAUGUCGCAUUGCACUGAAGAAGGAGAGCCGCUUCGUGGAUUGGGAGGCCAUCCUAGAGGAUACCUUUGUCUCCAGCGAAAAAGAAUUGCUGCCUACAGCAAGAGAACAGGCUAAUGAGCCUUCGGAAUCACGGGUACCAACGGAGAGUGAAGAACAUACUAGAGCACACAGCCCUGCAGUCUCUGCACCACCGGACGAGACCGAUGCAGUAGACGAGAAGACAAAUCUCAGUGUGCCGAAUAUUGUCCGUGAUGAUCAUGCAACAACUGGGCAAUCCUUACCAGUGUCAACACAGGCAGUUACACGAGGCGUCCGAAGGACCAUGAAACUUGUUUUUGCCCCCUGGACUGCCGGACCAGUCACAGAACAAGGCGAAAUCCAACACGAGGCGGAGUUUGAAAUCUGGAAGGGAGGGCUGAGGGGCUGUACAGAAGAUUUUGACACCAUAUAGCGCGAUAUUCCCUGUCACGAUUUACGACACGAACAAUAUAUUUCUGACUCGCUGUUCUUCCA